AUGGCUGUCUUCAAGAAAUUGAAAAAGAGCAAGGAUAAAGGAGCUCCGUUACCCGAACCAGAACCAGUCAAACAACUUGACAAACGAGUAGGAAUGGAGAACUAUAGGGAUUUUUUCACUUUGAAAAACUAUUGGAAAGCUGUCGAUCGAAAGCGGCAAGAUUCAGGGCAAAUGUUUUUCAGCAGAUAUCUAAACCAGAACCCAAGCAACCAAAGCCUCUAUCCGAAGCUGAAAAAUGUUGACGCUGCCACAGUGAACAUGAGUUGUAGUGAUACGGGUUUUGAAACUACGGCUGCCGCUUACUUGAAGGUGUUUGACGACGUAAUAUCGGCAGUAGAGGAGAAACCAGCUGAUGUACAGACGGCAUGCGAUCGACUGAAGGCUGUAGGGAAAAUGCACCGAACUAAGGUUUCAUCUAUGCAAAGCACUUCUUUUCAAGCAAUGGAAGAGCCAUUUAUGUUUAUGGUGAAAGAAAUCCUUCAAGAUCGUUUCAACGAAAAAGCCGAAGGACUAUUCCGAAAGUUCUUCCAAUUCUGUCUGAAAUAUCUGGCCGAAGGCUAUAACGGCUAA